AUGCGCACCAAACGCAGGCUCCUUUACCUCCCAGAUGAAGAGGCUGCACUUCUGGGCGAGCUCACGGACUCACCGCGCCCGCGUCCCUCCCGUCUUUCUCGACUGGCAAUCCUUUCGUCGGACGAUGAGAAGAGGGCUGCCUUUGCGAACGGCGUCACGGAAACCCCGGGAGCGGAGCUGGUGGACGCUGCCUUGCUCGUUUCCUACAACAGCUUCGCGUUGGCGGAUGGGUCUGGCACUCUUCGCCCGCCCCUGGCCGCGGGCGAGACCAUGGCGCUUUAUAGGUCGCUGCGAAAGUGUUGUCGUUAUUUGCGCAAGUUUUUGAAACGCCAAUCGGCGUCGCAGGCAACAACGGACUCACUUUCAUCCUCGACCCUGGAGUAUAGCGAGUCGUCUGACUCCGUGAGUGAGUCUGAACCCCGGCAAAGGCGGCAGAAGAGGUGUCCGAAGGAAGCGGAGGCUGUGCGGCAAACCGAGGGAAACUAUGCUGCAAUGACGGUUAUGGAGCUUAGAGAACUUUUGCGAAGGAGAAAGUUGCCCAUAUCUGGGCCCAAAGCCCUGCUUAUUUCUCGUCUCCAGGGCAGUGAUGAAAGGCCACUUGCACCCGAGGAAAACGGCCAGUCUGCCCACACGGUGCCUGCGUGCCCCGAUGAUGAAUGUUCCGAGGCCACUACUUCUUCUUCGGAAUCUCAAGACGGAAGUCCCCCUCAGAGCAUGUGGAGCGCUAUCCUUGAUAUGGGAACGAGACUGUUUCGUAAAUCAACUGGAUCUCUCCCCGAGGAGAAUACGGCUUCAUAUCGCAAACGUCGACGGAGUGAAUAG